UCUCGGCUGCUCAGGUCGGGGCGUCACAUUCAAAGUCGAGCUGCUGGCUGGUUGAUGAUAUCCACUGUGUUUUGGCCGCUGGUUAUUGGAGAGACUGGAGAUAAGGAGUGACUGCAGUGGGUGCUGUUGGUUGGAGAGCCCGUUGACUGAACUUGUGAGAGGAGAGAGAGAGAGAGAGAGAGGGAGAGAGGGAGAGAGAGGGAGCUGUGCGCUCUCUUCCCGGCAGAGUGCGUCCCGAUCCACUUACACACAAACACGCGCACACACACAUACACACAUCGGGGCCACUCUUCUUCUAGGCAGCGGACUGCCUUCGGUGAAUAUCGCACAUGAGCAGGGUGAGGGACGCCGGCAGAUCAGUCCUACCUGUGCACCUUCCGCGUGCGUCAAAGAAACUCCGCUGACUGUUUCCUCCGCCGACCUUUUGGAUUACGGAGGAUAAAUAACAAGCAGCGAGGGCGCGUAACUCCCGUAAUCAUGGAUUUAUGGAUAAAGUUGAUGUUGUUGUACGGCUGCACCUUUGGAAUAAGUGCAGACUUUGAUGGCAGGUGGCCGCGGCAGAUGGCCUCGUCCAAUGGCCUGUGUCGUUAUGGGGCCCGGGUGGACUGCUGCUGGGGAUGGACGCGUCGCUCCUGGGGUCACUGCCAGCCUCUCUUCGCCUUAACUCACAGAGUAGCCGGGAUAAGGUGCCAGCCCCAAGCUCUGUGUCAGCCCGGCUGCAAGAACGGAGACUGCGUGGGACCUAACAAGUGCAAGUGCCACCCCGGCUUCACCGGCAAGACCUGCAACCAAGAAGAAGAAGAGCUGGAACGUUUAACCCCACCAGUGUGGGCCAGUCACCUUUCCCUCUUCCUUCCUGUGGACCACCAGCCAGCCAGAGUAGUGACGGAGGACCUGAAUGAGUGUGGGCUGAAGCCUCGGCCUUGUAAACACAGGUGCAUGAACACAUAUGGGAGUUACAAGUGCUACUGCCUCAACGGCUACAUGCUGAUGCCUGACGGGACCUGUGGAAAUGCUCGCACUUGUGGCAUGGCCAACUGCCAGUACGGCUGCGAGGUGUUAAAAGGAGAGGUCCGAUGUCAGUGUCCGACGCCGGGGCUGCAGCUGGCUCCGGAUGGAAGAACCUGUGUGGAUGUUGACGAGUGUGCAGCAGGAAUAGCCGUGUGUCCCAGGUUUAGAAAAUGCAUCAACACAUUUGGUAGCUACAUCUGCAAGUGCCACGAAGGCUUCGACCUGCAAUACAUCAACGGGAAAUAUCAGUGCAUAGAUGUGGAUGAAUGCUCCUUAGGUCAGAGCCACUGCAGCAGCUUCGCCACCUGCUACAACACGCCGGGCUCGUACAAGUGCAAAUGCAAAGACGGCUACAGGGGGAUGGGCCACGACUGCAGACCCAUUCCUAAGGUGGUUAUUGACCCCCCGAGACCAGGCAAACUCCCUCCAAAUCAUCACAACCACAUCCCUGAUAUGGAUCAGAGGAGGACUACCACCACCCUCCGCCCGCCAGUCACUCAAAGGAGAAUCUUCCCAGUUAUUCCCAAAUCCACACCCGCUACAACAACGACGACAACGACAACAACAACAACAGCCAAACCAAAGACCAAAGCUCCUCUUCCUCCAAAGAGGAUAACUCCAAAGCCAGCAGUUCCCACCAAGAAGCCCUUUAUCCCGACCAGGAAGCCACCAGCUCCGACACGCAAGCCCAUCAUCCCACUGAGGCCAGCACCUCCCACCAGACUCCCCCCACCACCACCACCCCCGGUCACAACAGUGGACAACAGCAUCCAGAAGGAGGUCACCAAACAGAGAGGAGAUGUCCACAUCCCCAGGAACCACGGCCAUAACACCGUCCUCGGCAUUGACUUUGACAUUGAGCUGGGCAACACGGCGGAGGAAGCCAAGGACGACCCAGAGUCUGGGUUUCUGAGCUGCUCCUUUGAUGAUGGUCUCUGUGGUUGGAUCAGGGACAAAGAUGGAGACCUUCACUGGGAGACGACGCCUGAUCCAUCAGGUGGACGGUACCUAACCAUCCCCGAGGUGGGCAACAAGAGGACAGGGCGAGGGGCCCGACUGGUCCUCCCACUCACCCCACCCUGGAAUGACGGCAAUCUGUGCCUGUCAUUCCGGCACAAGCUGGCAGGCCACCACGUGGGCAUGCUGCAAGUGUUUGUGAAGAAGGGGAAGCAGUACAGUCCUGCAGUGUGGGGCCGGACGGGUGGAAACGGCUGGAGGCACACACAGAUCACAUUAUGGGGCACAGGCCUGGAAAGUGUGAUCCUGAAGGGGGAGCGUGGGCGAGGCCGGAUCGGUGAGAUGGCCGUGGACGACAUCACUCUGAGGAAAGGCUCCUGCACAGAGGAGCACAAUCUGAGGAGACUCUGACUGACAGAACAGUGACAGGCAGAAACAAACAACACAAAAAAAAAAAAUUGAGGGAGAAUCAUCUCAAAGAGAAUUGACUCUAUUUUGACAACCCCUCACUCUGCCUCCACCCACCCUUUCUCUGCAGCUCAUCCCCACCAUUGUGCGAACAAUAUCCCAAAAAUGAUCUCUCUGCAGAGCAGUGGGUUUCUCCUUCUACAGCGACCGUGAAUUUAAAAAAAAAAAAAACUGAAUCAAAUAUCAUGGCCUGGUCCCAGCAGCACACCCCCAGUCUUCUCCACCUCCUGUUCACUCCAUCACCUUGUUACUCUCCAAAAAAACCUGCAUGCACCUACUUACAAUGGAAAUGUGCUCCACCUAACACAGCCCGGCAGCCCUCCAGCCUCACCGCUGAGACACACACUCACUUCAUUUCUUCCUGCAGAGAGGAUUGUUCCCAUAUAUAGCAGUCUGAUUUUACCAUAAGCCACUUUUUUUUAAAUUUUGCUUGAUGUUAGAAGAAGUGGCCCAGGGUGAAUUUUGUGAGUAUUUUAAUCAGCAAAAUAUCAGUGAAGGUAUAUAUUUCUUUCAGAGUAAAACUUUUUUUUUUUUUAAACCUUAAUAGUAUUUGUCAGAGUUGAUUUUUUGGAAUCAAAAUCCAACUGAUACAAAAUGUAAAUUCAAUGUCAAAGACAGUUUUGACUUGCUUUUGUUGUAAUUCCUCUAAUUUGGGUGUAAUUUGUUUUGCCAUGUCAUCCCUCGUAUAUGGCGUGGUUUUGACUGAAAUAGCCAUGUUGUCACAGUAUUUCAAAGAUCUGUUUGGUAGGAAAGGGUUUGAAAACGCUUCACUCUUCCUCAAACCGGGAUCUUUUAUUGCUUAAAAGUUGUUGAAACUCUCACGUUCAUGUGUUUCAGAUACUUGAAAGAUGUCAAACAGAAUCAGUGUUUGAUUUUUUCACACUUACAAAGACAGCUUUUACUUUCUAUUAUACAGUGUGGGCUUUGUUAUACUAAGUGCAGUUUGUUACAAAGACAAUAUUGACAACUUUUUAGGCCUUCACACAUUGUAUUAUUGUAAAUGUAGUUGUGUGUACAUACUCUAAAGAUUUACAAUCCCA